AUGGAACAUAAUAAUAAUCCAGGAACACCUCAAAUGUCAUCUGAAUUCCCAGCUUCAACUACUCAAACUAGUAGUUCAGCAGCUGCAUAUGAUAACUCAUCUCACUUUGAAAAAGAACAAUCUUUAAUGAGAUGGGAACAAGAUUUAAAACUUAGAGAAAGAGCUCUAGCAAAUAAUCAAUCUGCUGCCGAUAUUACAGGUCCUCAUGUUGUAGUUCCAGCUCCAGCAACUGCUCAUCCAAGACAAGCAAAUUUCCCUUCUUCUUAUCCAAUGAUUCGUCUCAAUCUUGAAGAAGAUAUUGCAAUUCGUGAAUAUCGUCAAAUUGUUAAAUUUGGUAUUUUCGUUUUCCUUUGGGAAGCUGCUGCAUUAGUUUACAAUUGGGUCGUAUCAAUUGGUACAAUUGUUUAUUCUGCAGUUGAUAAUUUUUUCCUUGCUCUCUUUUAUAUGAUUGUUGGUGUACCAACAUUAUAUUUUUUAACAAGAAAGCUUUAUAGAGCUGCAUCAGUACCAGAAAGAGCAAGAAAAUCAUACGCUUACUUAAUGGCUCUUUUGGGUGUAGUUUUAUUCAACAUUAUCUUUUUCGUUGGUUUCAAACGUUCCGGUAUGAAUGGUUUAAUUUGGGUUAUUUCACUUUUCCACAAUGAUCAUAAUGCAGUUGGUGCCAUGGCUACUGUUUCUUUAUUCUUUUGGUUCGUUGGUGUUUUCCUCACUAUUGCCCUCUUCAUCAUGUAUUUAAGAUUAAAUAACACCAAGAGACAAAGAGGUGAAAUUCAAAAUGCUGGUUUCCGUGAAUACAUCAAGUCUCGUUAA